UCAGAUAGGUUCAGUCACACAGCAAGAUCUGAUUUGAUCUGAUUGAGUUUAAUGUUGAUAAAUCAAACAGGUUGUGUUUAGAUUACUAUUCUUAUUUCGUUCUAAUCAGUCCUGCAUUUUAAUUUAUCAUUAUUCGAUAUCAUUCGCUGUUCAACGUUUUUCAAUAUUUUCUUACUGUGACUAAAUCAAAUUGGGUUAAGAUAUGAGUAAAAUUCACUGAAGGAUCAAGACAGGAGUGUUACGUGGAAUUUCUUGAAUUAAAGAUAACUGCAGUUAUAAAUAAAAAUCACAAUGACGCCGCCGAUGGAAAGGAUCCAGAUUUUGGAGACUAUCGAGAAAGACAUCGUAGUGUGUUUACAAAGUGCAGGACAAGCUUGUAUGGAACUGAGCAAGGAAAAAUCAAGCUUGAAGCAAGCAGAGUCGCAAACGCAUCAAUUCUUGAAAACUCUAGGACAAUUGGAAUCUAAAUUAAGUGAACAGAUUAAUUAUCUCACGCAAGUUUCUACUGGCCAACCACAUGAAGGUUCUGGAUAUGCAAGUCAAAAGGUACUGCAAAUGGCGUGGCACAGAUUGGAACACGCGCGAAGUAGAGUUAAUGAAUUGGAACGUAUAAAGAACAAGCUACGAUAAGUACAUAAUAUUCUUCAAUUCAAAAUAUAUAUUGUAAAGACGAGUAAUAUUACAUUAAUGUUGCUUGUGACAACUUAUCUAACAAAUUAUAAUAAAAUUACAUACUUUUAUCAAUUAGAACUUUUCUUAUCAUC